CCUUCCGAGCAAGUAUUAUACAGUACUACGUACUGUUUGCCUGCAAGUUCUUACGUAAAUAAUUCAAAAGAACACAAACAGAGAUCCACAGUUCCAUGUCCAAUCACUUCUUCCUGCUUUUGCAUACAACAUGCGGCCAUUAUUUUCUUUAUAUUCCCUUGCCUAGCCUAGAUAGUACUAUGCUCAAAACAUUGGUCAUCGAAUCUUCACACAGGGAGAAAAUAGAAAACCUAUCAUUUCUUGAUUUGCCUCUUAUUCUUAGAUUUCGAAUUUGCAUGGUGCUUUUCACCACUAUAAAUAAGGCCUCUUGGAUCUCUACUUUUUCAUCAAAUUUUAAUCUUCUUUCUUUAGUUUCUUUAUUUAUUAUGGCAUCUGCAGUCUCAGCUGAUCCUCUUAGAAUAGGCAGAGUGGUGGGAGAUGUUGUGGAUUUUGUGUGUCCAAGCAAUGUCAAAAUGAAUGUUAUCUAUAAUUCCAAGAAGCAUGUCUAUAAUGGCCAUGAACUCUUUCCUUCUUCGGUGAGCAUCAAGCCUAAAGUCGCGGUCCUUGGUGGUGAUAUGCGAUCCUUCUUUACUCUGAUCAUGACUGACCCGGAUGUUCCUGGUCCAAGUGAUCCCUACCUCAAAGAGCACCUGCACUGGAUGGUCACAGACAUCCCAGGCACUACAAAUGCUUCAUUUGGAAGAGAGGUUGUGAGCUAUGAGAUACCAAGGCCAAACAUAGGAAUACACAGGUUUGUGUUUCUGCUAUUCAAGCAGACAAGAAGGCAGACUGUGAUGAGCAUUCCGAUGAUGAGGGAUGGGUUCAGCACGCGAAGAUUUGCGGAUGAAAACGACCUUGGCUCACCUGUUGCUGCUGUGUUCUUCAAUUGUCAGAGGGAGACUGCUGCUAGAAGGCGCUAACUCAAACGCAGCAAAUAACAUAUAUGUGUGCAUUAAUUUAGUGUGGCAUAUGUUGUAUGAUUGCCUGUUUUACUAAAGCUCUUAUGAAUGUUUGAGUGUGUGUGGUACAUUGGUACCACAAACUCUUGCAAGCAAGCUUAUUAUAACUACAAUUAAUCUAUAUGAUCUAUAUAUGUGAUCUCCUUGAUGAACAA